UAUUUCUCACCUUGUCGAUUUUUCUUUUUUCUUCUUUUUUUAAAUUCAACAAAAUGACGAUUAUUGAUACAGAUUGUGUAUCGAUAGACACGACAAGAUAUGUUGUACCAAAACCCAUUGUCCAUGAUCAAAAAGUGACCAUUCAUCAUUGGCAACUUCGAGAUUUGUUAAUCACACAUAAUGAACAUCAUAAACAUGAACUGAUUGUCCCAACUGGGCAAGAUAUUUUUCGAUACAAUUAUAAAACUGGGCAAAAAAGUUAUUUGUUAAAAGACAUUGGCUAUGCACCCACUUGUAUGGCUUCAGGGUAUGGUUAUUGGGCUGGAGGAGGACAAAGAGGCGAUUUAACAUUAAAAGAUACAAACAGUGAUUAUCAAGUAAGCAUCACAACUUCGCCUGGUUGUACCAUCAAUAAUGGACUCUGUUUCUCUCAACUGAAUGGAGAAAUCAGACUGCUUGUUUCCAACAAUGACGCAUCCAUUCGCAUUUAUUCUGUGCCUGACUUGGAGAUUAUUGAUACAUUGGAUUAUCGAACAGCAGUGAAUCACACCUCUGUGAGUCCUGAUGGUCGUAAAAUGAUUGCCGUUGGAGAUGAUAACCGAGUUCAAUUGUUUAAUGUGACAAAUACAGGUCAUUAUGAAUUGGUCACUACCAUGGCAGUUUCUCGGGAUGCUAAUUUCUCCGUUGCUUGGAACAAAACAUCUGACAAAUUCGCCGUCUCGAGUCAAGAUGGGUCUGUUCAUGUAUGGGAUAUUCGAAACAGAAACCCUCUGGCUAAAUUCUCGGGCCUACAUCCCUCUAUCACAAAGGGAGCUGCAAGAUGUGUCAAGUUUAGUCAGACAGGUGCAGUUGAUUUAUUGGCAUUUACUGAGCAUGUAUCCCAUGUGCAUGUCAUUGAUGCUAGGACGUUUGAUGGUCAACAAACAGUCAGAGUAGGUUCAGAUGGAAAUGAUACGCCUAUCACAGGCUUAUGUUUCUCGUUGGAUAGUCAGAAGAUGUUUGUUGGCCUUGAAAAUGCUGUUUUAGAUUUCAAUAUUGAUACAGGAUCACGCAGAAGAUUUGCUAGUGGAUCAUUACUUUAAGUCUGUUUAUUUAUUACUAUUACUGUACAUAUAAUAAAACUGUAUGACAAACAAGAUGGUUGGACAAAAUUAUGCAAGACAUAUUUAACAGCAAAUAGAACAACAUUCUUCAGCACAGCAGCAACACAAAAGACCAGUUAGGAAAGCCAUGCAACCUCCUCCCGUACCAUUGGAUUGCUGUGGUGGUGGUGGUGGUUGCUGAGUAUACAUGGGCUGCUGCGGGUAAUAGCCUACAGAUAUAUAUGAACACUUCCGUCUAAUUACAGUUUGAUCGCUUACCUGGUUGUUGUUGUUGAUAAUAACCUGGUUGCCCAUAAGGUUGUGGUUGUCCAUAGGCUUGUGAUUGCCCAUAAUAUGCAUUUUGAGGCUGGUUCAUCUGAAUAUGUAAAGAAAAAGAAAAUAAUAGAAAAAUAAAAAGAGACGAUGAAAUCACUUCUUUCUAUGACGAUAUGAUUCGAG